CUUGCAGGCCGCAAGACUUGAAACACCAGCCGCUAUCAACAGAAACCAAUCAGUAUAUCUCUAAAUUAUUAUCGUGGAAUGUGCCUCCUUCUAAAAUUGUUGAAUGUCUCCGGGGCGAUUCUUACAAAAGGAACAAUCGUUUGAGCAGGAGCUCUAUCAAACUAAAGAGAGACAACCUUGUUAAAAAGAAAACUAUAACUGAAAGGAUGAGAAAAAAGAAAUCCAGUCUCAGAUUUUCCAAUAAUGAUGCAGAAUCUGUGUACAUGAAAGUCAACAAACUAAUCCAGGAAAACUACAACCCUGUUCUCAUGUACAAACCUCUUGGAGAGAAGACCAUUAUUGGACCCAAGGGGUCCGAAAAUCUGCCAGAUGAUGUUUUUGUUUUAGCUAUACAGUCAAAAGAGCAACUAGAAAUGAUGGUGGAAGGAUGCAAAGAAAUACUGGUCAUUGAUGAGACUCACUCCACCAACUCGUAUGAUUAUAAGCUCUUGAAUCUAAUGGUGAGGGACAAGUUCAACCUUGGGUACCCUGUUGGUCAUGCUAUUUGUCACCCCUCAGAAGAGACAACUCUGCAGUAUGUCUUCAAAGCCAUUAAGGAAAGGUGUCCAGAUUUAUCAAUUAAUUGCUGCAUCACAGACGAUGACCCAAAAUUAAUAAAUUCCGUCAAUGCAGGAUUGGGAGAAGCAAUUUGGCAUUUGUUAUGUGUGUGGCACAUACACCGUACAAUUCAGUCAAAUUUAAGAGAACGCAUUAAGGAUAAUGAUUUGGUCAAUGAAAUUUAUGGCAUUAUGUGUGUUCUUAUUGAAGAAUGUGACGAAUCUCAGUUCAUACAGCUGAAAGAUUCUUUUUUAAAUGAAUAUUCGAACAACUGUCCAGAGUUUACUAAGUAUUUUAACAAUACAUUCUUCCCAAAAGCGCAUAAAUGGGCAAAAUGUUAUCGCCUUAAACCUCAUGCUGAAACUGAGACAACUAUGCUCGUGGAGUCCUUUCACAACAUUUUGAAGACUCAUUACAUGAAAAGAGCUCCAUGCAAACGUCUAGACGACUUGAUUGAUCUUCUGUUGGAUAUUGAAGAGGAUUACUACGUGAGGUACACAAAUUCCGUUCUUCUGAAGACAAUGUCUGAUAAGGACCAUAGAGCUCUGUCUAGACGACAUCUGAAGGGCAUUGAAAUAAAAGACUCUGAUGUCACCCUGGUAUCAGAAAGAUUCUGGACUGUGAAAUCUCAAGAGAAAGAUUCUUCUGAGGUUUAUAGUGUAGUAAUGUGUGCUGAUCAAUGUUCAAGUGACUCAUGUAUAUAUGCUUGUUGUUACUGUGACACUUUGUGCUCUCAUUUAUUCUCUUGCUCUUGCCCUGAUAUGUUUCCGCUCUGUAAACAUAUACAUAAGGUAUUUUCAAUGAUUGAGUUAUCAAAGCCUCUUGAAAAGGAGAAGAAAGAGCCUGAAUUUUUCUUAGGAGCUUUUGAGAACAAUAUUCCAUUAGUUGAAGAGACAGCAGCUGACAGCCGUUCCAACUAUACGGAAAGAAGUGUUCAACAGCGCAUCCAAAAAAUAAGAGAAAUCAUGGAAGACUUUGACAAAACUUAUCUAGACAACAGUCCUGUAAAGAGAAUUUUGCCACAGAUUGAAACUACCCUGACCGACUUGCAAACUCAAUGUAAAGUUCUGUGCUUCGAUCCUCCAAGGGCAGUACCUGAAAUGGAGGUGAAGACUCAGACUGCUCCAAAUGAAAAAUUACAGAAACAGUUAACGCCUUUUGUGAAAAAAACAAAAAAACGCAAGCCGACAGCAUUGAAGAAGCCGCACAAGAAAUGUGUCACAGAAAUAAAAGACUUUCUACUCCAGGAGCACCAGGAGAGUGAAGAGAAUGUUGACUCAGAUUUAGCUCCUUUGUCCGAGUUGAAUCAUGAGCAGGCUACUGGUGAACCCACUAUAGAUAUUGAUAAUCCUCUUGAUGUUGUGAUAGAAUAUCAGGGGAUAAAGGUUUUAUCAUUGCAUUUAAAGGCUCUAAAUCCAACUCUUGAUGAAAGAGAAUUGCCUUUACUUCUUCAAGCAGAUUCAAAAUUUGUGCAUGGUUAUUUGUAUGACGAAGUAUAA